UUUGUAAUUUUUUGAUGAUCCCACGUGUUUACUCAAGUUCAAAAUAAAUAAGUGAAUUUUUUAAAAUAUUUUUUUUUGAAAAAUGCCGCCAAAACGAAAAUCCAAUCAUGAACAUCGUUGGAAACCUAUGAAAAUUGAGUGUGAUGAUGGCCUAACAGCAGAGGAUUUUCAAGGUUUAGUCGCCAUCGAAGAGUUAGACAGUUAUCAUAUUAUCCAUGCUGAACCGAGUAAAAAAUCGCUUAUCAUCGAUAAUGACAAAUCCGAAAAAGAAAUGAAGCAAAAAAGAAAGAAAAAGAAAUUAAGCAAUAAUAUAAAUACAUUUGAUGUGUCCAGGCAAGAAAUUGAAAUUGACAAUGAAGAAGACAAAGACCUGGAUAUGUCCCAUUGGGGAAAAUUGUCUGUACCAGCACCAAUUAUUCAAUGUUUACGGUCACUUCGAAUGUCGAUGCCAACGUCUAUUCAAUCGCUUACAAUACCAGCUGCAAUCAAUGAUCAUAUGAAUAUUUAUGGUGCUGCACCAACUGGAAGCGGCAAAACAUUAGCAUUCGCUAUUCCUAUAGUCGAUCAAAUUAUCAAGGAAAUGGAUGAAAUGCCGAAUAAUCCUAAACUUAGAUCAAUCAUUCUGACACCAACCAGAGAUUCGAAGAUCAAAGUAGCAUUGAUAGUUGGCGGUUUAGCAAUACAAAAACAGCAACGAAUCCUUUCCAAGCAAAAACCACAGAUCAUUGUUGCAACACCUGGAAGAUUAUGGGAAAUGCUUACUUCGAAAACGGUUCCAUAUUUGAAUCGUGAGUCACUUAUAACCGACUUAAGAUCAUUGGUCAUCGAUGAAGCAGAUCGAAUGAUUGAAAAAUCACAUUUCCGUGAACUAAGAUUUAUUAUUGAUUUUUUCAAAAAUGAUGAUCGUAAUCCGUUAAAAUCUGGCCAAUGUCAAGUGUUUAUAUUUUCAGCCACAUUAACAAUGAAUCGAUCCAUAAAGAAUAAACAACAUCAUCGAUUGUCAUUGAAAAAAUCAGAUCAAGAUUCAAUUGAUUUAAUCAAAUUAUUAAGUCUUGACCGUAACACAGUAAAAAUAUGUGAUUUAACCGAUGGUGGUCAGAAGUCGAAACCCGAUGCUGAGCAUUUGACCGAAUCAAUCAUACAUUGUCAAAAAGACGAUAAAGAUCUAUAUUUGUACUAUUUCGUCUUGAACAAUCCAGGUCGAACGAUUGUUUUCUGUAAUAGUAUCGAUUGUAUACGACGCUUAUUGAAUCUGUUUCGAUUUCUAAAAAUGAAUCCAUUGUCUAUUCAUUCAUCGAUGCCUCAAAAGCGUCGUCUAACAAAUAUUGAACGAUUUACUGCCACAAGAAAUUCACUACUUUUCGCAACCGAUAUUGCUUCACGUGGAUUAGACAUUCCUAAUAUUGAUCAUGUUGUUCAUUAUCAGGUACCACGUUCAGCCGAUAUCUAUGUACAUAGAAGUGGUCGUACAGCACGAAUUAAUAACAAAGGUUUCAGCCUUAUCCUUUGCGAUCCAAAAGAAGAUGCUUUUUUUCUUCGAGAUUUCUCGAAAAUCAUUCAUAAAGAAUCAAUAGCAGAAUAUUCGAAAAUAAACGUGAGAAUAUUGAAACGUUUAAAAGAACGUAUACGGCUAGCACAAGUGUGUGAUAUGCUUGAACAUAAACUACGGAAAAAUCGAACGGAAACGAAUUGGUUUCGAACGAAUGCUGAAGCUUGCGAAAUUAUUUAUGAUUCUGAUGAGCAAGAUGAUGGUGAACAUCAUUUUGAUGAUGAAAUUCAAAAUGCCAGUAUCCGUGAACGUAAAGAUUGUGAACGAAAAUUAAAGACCUAUGAACAUGAACUAUCGAUUCUAUUGAAGAAACCAUUAAAUUUUAGAUCUAUUAACAAGUAAUAUUUGUUUGUUUUUGUUUAAUUAUACGCCCAAAAUGUUUGUAUUUUUUUCAAAUAUUUUUUUUAUUCACUUUGUAAUCGAAUUCAGACACUGUAUAACACCUACAUUUUUUUUGUGUUUUCGUUUAGCUUUGCAUGUUUAUCCUUCCUCU